GUCCGACAAUGGUCAGGGUCGCUGGAACUGCGAUAUAAAAACUAUUGUAUCCUACCACCAGCUAUCACUACAUCUCCGCAAGUAUAGAGAUCAUCAUGUUUACAUUACCCAGCUUAUUUAUCCUAGGAACUAUUUUACAGAUUUCAACAUCCCAGGGUCCACCGCCAUUGCCGCCAAAUCUACCAGCAGAAUGUCUACGACCUCCACAUAUAGAAAAUCCAAGAAAAUGCUGUCAAAUACCACCAAUAUUUUCAAAAGAGGAGUUUGAAAAUUGUGGCUUCAAGGAAGAGCAUGUUGAUAAGCCUAAACACGGACCUCCAGACUGUACCAAGCAAUUAUGCUUACUGAAGAGUCGUGAUCUUGUUAAAAACGACGAUGAAGUCGACCACGAAGCUAUGUCAAGUUUUAUGGACAAAUGGGUUGAAGCUAACCCAGAUUUCAAACCAACUGUGGAAUCAGCUAAGUCGAAAUGUCUAGCACAGGCGAUCCCCGGCCCGGUUGAAAUAUGUGAAGCAAAUAAAAUCGUUUUUUGCAUCAGCUCUGUUCUUUUCACGGAAUGUCCAAAAUGGGUGACCGGUGACGAAGACUGCAACAAGCUGAGGAAUCACAUCGACACAUGCUCUAAAUAUUUCUCAUAAUACAUCCAUGAUUUAAAAUUGUAACAAUUAACAUACGUCUAAACGUACGUUUAUUUAUUGUAUUUAUUUAAUAAAA